AAGGUGGACCGGGCUUUGGAUCGCCCACACCCAUGGUGUCACUAGGAUUCUCCAAGGAGGCAUCGUGGGCAGCAUCGGCCAUGGAUCAAGGAUACAAUCGCAUUGUCUUGAUGGAUCAACGGGGGACCGGACGAUCGACACCUCUGACCAAGCAAACAUUGGAAUUGCAAUUCCCAGACUUGUUUCUGUUGGACGAAGCAAAGGAGGGAGAGCCAUCGGAAGAAGUGACUGCCAAAGUAGAACAGGCCGCCAAGGAAGUCACCGAUUACAUGUCCAAGUUCCGAGCGGAUAAUAUUGUAAAGGAUGCCGAAGACAUCAAGGAGGCACUCAUGAUGCCAGCGGACGAACCAGUGACGGAACCACGACCCUGGGGUCUCUCCAUGGGACAAUCGUUUGGAGGGUUCUGUACCAUGACCUACCUUUCCACCAUUGAGCAUCCACCCCGAAUUUGUUUGCUCACGGGAGGAAUUGCGCCCAUGUUGACCCCUGCCUUUGAUGCCUACACAUCGCUUUGGAAGACCUGCCAAGAGCGAAACCUGAGAUACUACGAAAUGUACCCUGGAGAUAUUCGUCGGGUCAAGCAAAUUGUGCAGUCCUUGUUGAAGCAACCGAUGAAACUGCCUUCUGGGGGGACCUUGACAGCAAGGCGUUUCUUAAUGCUGGGAAUUGCCCUAGGUGGAUCACCUUCAGCUUUUGCUACAUUUCAUUCCAUGAUCGCAACAGCCACACUGUCGGAUGAUACUGUCGUGUUUACAAGGGCAUUUCUAAAGUACAUGGAUUCGGCACAGAGCUUUGAUGACCACCCAAUCUACUUUUGGUUACAUGAGAGCAUUUAUGGAGAUGGAUCGGACAGGAACUCCCCCACGAACUGGGCUGCUCACAGGGCUUACGAGGCCCUUGCUGCCAGUAACAAGGAAUUCGAUUACCAAUACACUAGUUCCCAAGUGGACGAUGAUUCGCAACCCACGCUCUUCUUUGGAGAGCAUGUGUUCCCGUUUAUGCCGGAGGACUUUGCGGAGCUGUCCGGGGUGGGUCUGACCAAAGUAGCCAACAAUCUGGCCAGUAAAACCGAUUGGGGCCCUUUGUAUGAUGGAGAACACAUGCGCAAGGUUCUGAGCAAUGGGAGUUGCAAAGCGGCUGCUGCAGUCUAUCAUGAAGACAUGUACGUCGAUUUUGAUGCGGCAAUGAAAGUGGCAAAACGAGGUGCCCCCCUGGAGAAGUGCAAGCUAUGGGUUAGCAAUGAGUAUCAACAUUCGGGUCUACGCGACAAUGGAGCCAACAUAUUUGAAAAGCUAUAUGGAAUGGCUACCGGUGGGAUUCGGACUCCCAGUUAGCGGUGUUGUAAUUGACAACAAAGCUUUACGAAACCCCUAGCCUUUAUUAUAGCUAGGUUUUGCAUGCGCAACUUGAUGUUGGCAUGGUCUGAUUUGAGGCAGCAGCAGUUGCUUCCAGCACUGGAACCAGUGGGGGUGCCGCCACCCCCGUAGCUACUGAUAGUGCGCCUAGGUACCCCACGGUGACAGAUUCAGUUGAAACAUCUAGCAUUGUGUGCCACUAUUGGCGACGCAAAAACUUCCUCUGGAAGAAACUAGUACCGUACACAAAGUAUCUAUCAUCGAUGUGGAACAACGAAGGCCAACAGCCGCAACUACUUUCCUCUUGCUGCCCGGCCUUCCGGUGUUUCCAUCUUUCUCUGUCUAACAAUUUUCCAAGCAAACAAACCUUCCUUUCUUUGUGUGUCAGCCCUCCUGUCAUGUGAAUUGCAAAGAUCCUUCACAGAGAAUCCAGCUACCGUAGUCCCUCCUCUCUCUUAGCACAGCAAUAAUGCAAAUUGAUGGAUUGUUUCAAAUACUUUCUCUUUCGUCUCGGAUAUAGUAGAUUUGCCUACAACAUUGCCAUCACCACACCUGCCAAACCAACCACAGCAGCUAUUUGCACCUUGAAUGUGGAAGCCAAAAUGUCUGUUGCCCCACUGCCAGGGGCGCUUGUUGGAGACUCGUCGGUCUCAACAGCUGCCGCUGGAAUCGGCGUGGGUGCGGGAGCAAACGUCUGUCCUAAAACUUGAGUCAAAACUUGGGUAGUCGGACCCUGGGUUCCCUCUUGGCUUUCUGGAUCUGGGGUCACCUGUGGAUUUCCCCCGGCUGGUACAGUUUCAGGAGGCAGAGUCAUGAUUUCACCUGGAGUAAUGUUCAUGACUUCACCCGGAUCGACCAUGGUCGUGUUGUCUUGUGCCGUUGCUGCUGCCAAGAGAAAAAGCAUGACCAAGCUGGCCUUGAAGGCUUCAACACAAGAAAACAUCAUGGUGGUGGGAUGCAAGUCGUUGCGGCGCUAUUUCGGACAAAGAAGUGAAACAACCAAGGUCUCCCCCAGGAAACCCCCCAAGCGGUGGUAUUGGAAGGAAACCAAAUUUUCGGAAGUCAUCAUUCCCACAAUUUUGGCCAAGAUCUCUGGCGAAUGAUGGUGGAAUUCCAUAGAAUUUAUGCUUUUAAGAAAACGAAGUGUUUCGGG